UGAAUAUUUCUUCUGUGGAAAGUUUGAUUUUGUCGAUGAAUAUUCUUAGUUUGAACGUGGUUAUUUGUGCUAUUUGUCCAUCCAUCUUUUCAAAAGAAUAUUUUUCUUUUCAGCUUUUACUUCUUUUUUCCACACCGGCUCAAACUAACCUUGUGAAAUGGACAUAUCACGGCGGAGGAAAGUCACGAAAGUCGUAGCCGGUAGCUUGGCUGAGCUUUAUCCCCACAAUUUGCAAAUGUAUUACAUACCUCCGAUAACUGAAAUUUCUUUGUCAGAAUUUGAAGAUUUGGCCUUGGAGAGGUUAAAAGUGUUGCGGUGUUUGGAACUUGUUAAUUUGAAGGGUGCAAACAAAUUUUCUGAUGAAUGGAAAGCAUCUCUUUGUGAAGAAAUGACCAAGCAAGGACUCAAGAACUUUUACAAAAUGAGUACUGCCCCCACAUGCAAGCAAACUGAUGCAGAACUUCAGUAUCGUAAAAAGGACCACCUUUCGCAUUUUAUUUUGAGAUUAGCAUAUUGCCGAUCAGAUGAGCUGCGACGUUGGUUUAUUGCCCGAGAACUGGAACUUUUUAAAUUACGUUUUAUGUCAUUGAAUGCUGACGAAAUUCGUGAGUUUUUGAACAUGAACAACCUUAGCUAUUCUCCUAUAUCCGCAGAAGAAAAGGAUGCCAUAAUGCCAUCAUUGUAUGAAUCAACGUAUGGUUCCACUGCACUUCUCUCAGAAAAAGACUUUUUCCGUGUUCCCUUCACAGAUGUUUUAGAACUUGUAAGAUCGCGCAAAGUCUUUGUGCAAGCUGGAUAUGCUUACAUUCCAAGUUCUGAGUUUGUUGCGGUCAUGUCGUCAGUCUACCGGGCAACUUUAGGCCAAGCUUUAAUGAUGACGUACCGAAGACUCCCCAAUGUUGAUGAUGAAAGAUUAGUGCCCCUACUUAAGGGCCUGCAUACAAGUUAUGUGGGAGAGGACUUCAAAACACCCAAAGGUGGGGAAAUAUGUAUUGAGGACUUGGAUAAGCAUGCUAGGGCUUCAUACCCAUUAUGUAUGAGAUUUCUACAUGAGGCACUCCGUACUCAUCACCACCUUAGGCACUUUGGUCGGCUGCAGUAUGGCUUGUUCCUUAAAGGAAUUGGUGUUUCAUUACAAGAUGCCAUGCGUUUCUGGCGGGAGGAGUUCACUAGAAUCAUGGAUGUAGAUAAGUUUGAAAAGGAACAUGCGUACAAUGUUCGCUAUAAUUAUGGUCAAGAGGGUAAACGUACUAACUAUACCCCUUACAGCUGUAUGAAAAUCAUCUGCUCUAGUGUUGGUCCUGGAGAUCAUCAUGGGUGUCCGUUCAAGCACUCUGAUGUUAAAAUUUUGGCAAAUAAACUGCAAGCUUAUGGAAUUUCAAGCCAGUAUGUGGGAGAAAUUUCUGAACUUGUCAAAGGAAACCACUAUCAAGUGGCAUGUGGCAAGUACUUUGAGGCGACCCACGGAAAGCCAUCAAAUGGAAUCCAACAUCCAAACCAGUAUUUUGAAGAAAGUCAGGUUGCUCUCGGGAAUAGACCAGCUAUCAAGCAAGAACCCAUGAGCCAAAACAGCCAGCACAGUCAACCAAAUAACUAUCCUUCAAAACCCAAACCUGUUAAACAAGAAAAGGUGGAAGAGGAUGUUUGGGGAGGAGACAUUGAUCUAUCCAGCAUAGACAUGGAUGUCGCAUGAUUUAAUCGGCCAAAUUUUUAUCUACUGUGUUCUGUGAUCAAAAAGAAAAAUCUGUUCUAAACUUGUGUGUGUACAAAUUCUAAAUAAUAUAAGUCUUAUGUACAUAUAAACCAGAAA